AUGAGGACUGAUGUUGACAGUGACUCAGCCCGGGCGCAAAUUCAGAGCUGGUUUGAAGAAUGUAAAGAACACAGUUCCUGCAGCAGUUUACCUCGAGACUCUCCAUUACCAACGAGAGUUAUAGAAGUCAGCCCACCAGGUCAAGACCGCCCGCGUGUUUUUGAGUCGAAUGGCGCGAGGGGAGUCUACGCAACACUUUCCUACGCUCGGGGAAAGAAGGCCUUUCCGAGGCUCACUACGUCCAAUUAUGCCAAAUUUACCAAUGGCUUGGAUAUGGAUGCUUUGGCUCCUACUAUCCGUGAUGCCAUUGCAACUGCUCAUACAUUGUCGAUCCCGUACUUGUGGAUUGACGCAUUCUGCAUUCUUCAGGAUGUUGAGGAAGACAAGCUCAAGGAAAUUUCCAGAAUGAAUGAUAUCUACGGCCGUUCAGCCUUGACCAUUGUUGCUGCAUCCGCAAAGAGCGUCCAUGAUGGCCUUUUCUACCCUCGUGUACACAAUGAGCCCCUUCACACAAUACCUGUCCGCUUCGGACCCGACAGCUUCGGUAGCAUGUCAGUCAAUGAGUUAGACGCAGCAACCUACGAUGAAUUACUCGAGCCUAUAUCAAAGAGAGCCUGGACCGUACAGGAACAGGUGAUGAGCAAUCGCGCUCUCACAUUUACCACAAACACCAUGAUAUGGAGAUGCAAUGAAGGGUCCAAAAACUUUGACAACUCACUCUUUUUUCCACAUUACCUCGGCUGUGGCCAUAAUGAAUUUGAUGAAAAGUACAGUCUGAACCUCUUCUCACUUCCACUUAGUGAGGAUGAAGCCUGCGCAAACAAAGACAAAGCUCUAAGCUGUUGGCUUCGGCUUGUCUCGGCAUACUCCUUUGGAACUACGAGUCUCGAAAAUGAUAAAUCGAAUGCACUAGCGGGUGUUGCAUCUCGACCUUCCUUCUCUCGCGCACCUGGACCUGGAUAUUACGCUGGCAUGUGGCAAUAUGAGCUUGCGAGACAGCUUACAUGGUCGACCUCGCGUUCUCAUCGAACCUUGGCUGAGGAUGAAACUUUUAACUUUUAUAGACCCAAGAACUACCGCGCACCUUCCUGGUCCUGGGCAAGUGUCGAAGGUGGAAAAAUUAAUUUUGAUUUUUAUUAUGAUGAGGAGGAUGAAGAGCCUCGCGAGAUAUUGUGCGACAUCUUGGAAGCCACAUCCCGAGUUGAAUCCGUUUGGAGAAGUCUCAUCGGCUCAACUCAGGCUGCAAGGACCCACUAG